AAAUUGAAAUUGAUGAGGAUUUUAAGUGGUUUGAUAAUGAAAUUGAAAAAAAUGUUGAGUCUUUUUAUGAUGGUUUAUCAAAUAAUAUAGAAAAUGUGACAUCAUUAUCAUCAUCUAAAUCACCCUUUGAAAAUAGAGAAGAAGAGGAGAAAGAAGCAAUAGAACAAAAUCUAGAACAACAACAAAAAAAACAGGUGAAAAACAGAAUACGAUAUCGUUAUACAAUAGAAGAAUUAUUAGCAUUACAACAUAGUCCAUUGGUUGAAAAACCUGAAGGUUUACCUUCAAUUCUUGAAUCGGAAUGUAUCAAGAAAGAAGGCAAAAAAAGUGUAACUGAUGGUAGUAAUACAGAUAAUGAAAAAAGCAAUAAUAAAUCAUCGAAUCACCAUCAUAACGAUGGAACAAAAAAAUCAAAAGAGGAGUCAAAUAAUUCUUCAUUUGGAAAUCAAAAAAGUCCUUCGUUAACUGUUUCCAAUAAAAGCCCUAAUGGAUCAGUACAAACCUCACCUAAACCAUCGGAUAGAAUUAUUCUUGGCCCUCCAAAAAUGACUUUUGCUUCUUCCUCUGGUGACGAAGUCUCUUAUGUGAAAUCUCGAGCACCUCGUGGACCCACCAGUGAACGAGGAUUUAUCGGCAGAGAAGCUAUACGAGAACGAUAUCUUGCUGAAAAGGCAUCAAAAGAAUUAAAUACUUCAUCGAAUAAUAAUAAUAAUCAUAAUAAUCACCAUAUUAAUAGUAAUCAUCAUCAAAAUCAUCACAAUCAACAACAUCACCAUCAACAACAACAUCACCAUCAACAUCAUAACAGUAACAAUAAUAGCAAUAACAACAAUAACAGUCAUCAUGGCCGCAAUUCUGGAAAUUCUCGAUCUCAUGAAAGGAAUAAUCGUAAAGAUGGUAACAAUUUCAGUAGUAAUCAUCAUAUAAAUAGAUCAAAUUAUUCAAAAAAUCAUCAUAAUCACGACGAAAGAUCCGAGAUACCAUUAUGGGUAGACUAUAAUCCGCAAAUCGAUGAAGAACAUAAUGGUAGAUCACGAAGUAUUACACAAGCUGAUAAUAUUACUUCUUGUCGCUCAGAAAAUAAUAAGAAUAAAGAGGAAAAAUAUUUAGCACAAGAAAAUAAUAGUGUGAAAGGAAAACUCGCCGCUGAUUUAAAUGAACCCACAUUAAAUAUAACUAGUGUAGAUCAACUUUUUGGUCUAGAUGGCAUUGAUCUUAGUACUCCAUUGGAAUUAGGUUCAUCUGCUUUUGAUAAAUUCCUUUCACAACAUAAAUUAGCAAUGGCCGAUGAUAGUAUAACAAAAAUAGGACCUGGAAAACGUAAUAACGACUUACCGACCACUCGAGAACAACAAACGUCACAAAAUCGUAAUAUUAAACCUUCAAAAAUUUCUAAUAAUAAUAAUACUAUUUCAUCCAAUUUGACAACAACAACAUCUACAUCACGGAAUAGUUUAAUCCCUAAUGAUUUAUUAAAACCUGGUCCUAUUAGCAUUAAUGCAUUAUUUCAAAGAAAAAGAAUGUUAUCAGAAGCUGAGGUAUUACAAUCUUUAGGUGCAAAACCACCCAAUAUAUCUGAAAUUUCUCAAUCUGAAACUGAAGAUGUUGUUGGAUUUAACAAAAUACUGGCUGCUUUGGCAAAAGGAAAUUCAUCAGAUGUGCAACAAAUUUCACAAACAGUCCCUAAUAAUAUACCAUCAUCAUCAUCAUUGUCAUCAACUGUAAAUAAUCUUCAUUCAUUAUCAUCAACAUCAAAUCAAUCACUGUCAAGCGUACAUCAAACAACAGUAACAACAAGUAAUAAUCAACAACCAGCAAUACCUUUCAAUGAUCCUUCCAUAAUAAAUUCGACUAAAAAAAUUAAUAUGCUUCUUGGAGGAAAUGUACCAACUUCCGUAUAUCGUCAGUUAAGUUCGAGAUCAGAAAAUGGAUCAAGAGAAUCAUCUGCCGGAUCUUCACCUGCAUUGAAAUAUCCCAAAACCAAUUUUUCCAACUAUCCGCCACAUUCACCACCACUACAUUCAACAAAUCUUUCGGAUAUGUUUCCUGUCCAUCGCCAUCAUCCUUCAAUGUUACCAAGCACCGAAGCAUUGUAUGCUAAUAUGCAAGGAUAUGCUCAAUUCAUUCCAAAUAUAGUAAACAAUGCCAUGGCCUCUAACAAAAUACCAGGUAUUCCUAACAAUUCUACAUUACAACAACAUGGUAUGAUGACCUUGGAGGAAAUAGAAAGGAAGGGACUUGGUGGUCGUUAA